AUGGAAUCUCAUAAUAAUUUUUCUUUAUUUCCUUUUGAAUUAUUACCAAAUGAAAUAUUAAAACUUGUCCUUAAAAAAGUUGAUUGGAAAACAAUAUAUAAUCUUAGAUUGGUAUCAAAAUUUUAUAAUAAUUUUAUUAAAUAUAAUCUUUAUUCUUUACCAAAACCAAAAAUGGAAGAACUUACAAUUAAAAGUACCUACUCAAAAUUUGGUACAAUAGUUAAAUUUUAUUGUACUUGUGAAAAUAAACAAAUUAAAGUUAAUUAUUUUUCACCUCCAAAUGAAAAAAUAAUUAAUAUUGAAAAAAUUGAAAGAUAUCUUAAAAAAAUGGAUUUAUCAAAUUCUGGUAUAAUUGUUAUGGAUGUUAUUGGGCAAUCAAAAAUUUUUGAAAUAUGUAAUCGUUAUUUUAAACAUGGUUCAUCAGUAUAUAAUUUAACAAUUAAUGCUGAGAGAUGUUCAGAAUUUGAAGAUUUUACAAUGUUUAUACAAAAAUUUAAAAAUAUUACUUAUAUGGAGUUGACAAAAUUAUGUUUUGCCAAUAAAAUUAUUCCUUUAUGUUAUAAAUUACCAAUAAUUAAUGAAAUGGAAAGUUUAUCUGUUGUUGAAUGUCAAUGUACAAAUUUUAUAAAUUUUGAAAUGAUUGGUGAUAUAUUAAUGAGUACAAAAAAACUUAAAUUUUUAAUAUUAUCAUCUAAUUCUGAGGAUCUUGAAGUUGUUUUAAAACAAAAUAUAAAAAAAAGACAUUCAUUUCUUAUAGGUAAAGAUAAUAAUAAUAUAAAUAAUGUAGAUGGUAAUAUUAAUAAUUUUGAAGAAAUUAAUGAAGAAGAACUUAAUAGAGAGAUUCCAUCUAAAACAUAUUUUAUUGGAGAGGAUAAUGAUUCUGAUAGUAAUGUUGACAAUCUUGUAAAUCAGCCAUGUACUAAAUGGGUUGCUGCACCAAAUUUUUAUAUAGCAUAUUUGUAA